AUGGAAGCUGUGGGAGCUGAGCCAGCCCCUUUUGGGAGCUGUCGGCGAGGAGCUGGGAGCCGUGCAGCACCCGUGUCACUGUGUCUCAGCGAACCCAGCUGUAAUCACCGGGCCUUCUGCAGCAGGAAGCUGCCCGUCGCAGUGGCCGAGCCCGGUGGACGGCGCUGCGGC